AUGAAUGAUGAUUUAUUCAAUGACUCGUUAGUAAUAUGGAAAUGGAAAGCUCGUUAUCGUUCAUGGGAACGAGAAGCUGAAGCUUGGACGUGUAGCAGAGCAGCAGUUCUUAUCGACCCAUUGAUAACACUAAAGAAGGGAAGUGAUACUGCAAAAAUAGAAGUUACACAAUCGGAACUUCCAAAAUUUGCUGAUCCUUUAGGUGCUACCGUAGAGGAUCGUAAAAAGAAUAUAGUUUUUACAUCAGAAGACUUACCAAUCAUUGCAAAGCGAAAAGAAGAACCGAAAUUAGCCAACACUUUGGCUAGCAAAGAAGAUGAAAUAGUUACAACCAUUGAAAGGGAAUUACCAGGUUUUAUACCUUGGUCAUCGAAAAAGCAAGACAUAUUGAAAUCUUUUUCGGAUGUCGGAAACUCAGAGACUUCAUAUUUAUACUGUGUUCCGGAUUUGAAAAAAAUUGACUUAUCAUUUGUUAAACGCGCUGCCCAAAGGCUGGAACAGUUGGAGGAUGCGUCGGGAUGGAAAAAAUUAGCUGAACAAUCACAGGAAGAAAAUCUGAUUAAAAUCAAUGAAUUGCGCAAAAGUUUGGAAAUAGCUUGGGCAAAAGAGAGAAAAAUAGAAUCUGUUAAUCUAGCAGUAGAAAUUGCAAAUAUUCUCGGAUUUGCAUCGGCAACUAAUAUCUAUCCACAUCAAUUCGUCCUCGUAACAGAUGUUUUGGAUGAGUUCGGACAUUUAGUUUAUGAUCGCCUAUAUACUAAAGCAAACAAGGAACGUGCUGAAGCGGGUUUGAGUCAACUACCAGACAAUUUUACAGUAGAAGAUGUACCAAAACCAACACGUGAUGUCGCAAGAAAUUGGUUUUGUAAAAUUGGUGAUAUCACUGAGUUCUUACCACGUUUUUACGUGGAAACCGCUCUUAUCGGUUGUAUCCGUUUUGUUGAUGCGGAAUCAUUAUCGGUGAAUUUGUUACGUCUUGCAAGAAUUCCGAUGUCGUUACCGAAUCCCUUGGUAUCAUGUUACGCUCGCGUUUAUUUGUGUCGUGUUGCCAUGCGGCUUACUCCUGAUGAUCGUGCACCGCAUUGGAGAUGUUUUAAUGAUUGGAUCAAUACAAUCCCGAUUCAACCGAUGCCAGCAUUAAUGCCAGCUCUAGAAUGGAUUAUUCAGUGUGUGGCGUAUAAUGCUACUACAUAUGAUGAGUUAAAGACACUGUGGGAUAUUUGCGCCGAUAAUGAAAAACGAUCCACAUUUUUGCUUCCAUUCUUGCUCGCUUUAUCUUCUGAUUAUAUCUCUCAGCACGCUUUGGAUGUUUGCAAAUUGGUAGUUUCUGGUGAAAAUGUAAGUUGUAUGGAGCUUUGCGUCCUUGGUAGAGGAUUAAUGGAAAAUAAUAUCAAGGAUGAGCUAAGACGAAUCAUCCUAAAAAAUUGCUGGCAAAAAGUCCUUCAUUUAAUGAGGAUCCGAGAUUUUAUUGAAUGUACGAUUGUGUGGAUUGAAUUUGCAGCCCGGUAUUUUACUUUAAAUGAAGUGGAUGUUAUGCUGGAAAUAAUUAUGAAACGAAUUACUCCUAAUAAGAAAUAUGAAGCUUUUAUGGAUGAAUUGUUAUGUAUGCUGGAAAAAAUUAUACAUUGGAUUGAUGAUAUGAAAGAAUUAAUUGCACUGCAUCACUUUCAAGCAUUAGUGGACUUAUUCCGUGGUACACAACAGCGCAAAGAUUGCGCUAUUACGUUGUUAUCUUCUUUCGUACGUUCCUAUGAACUUGCAUCGGUUAAUGAUUUCCAACUCGCAAAUCAAAUACUCGAUAUUUGUCAGAUACUUCAUGAUUCUCUAAAUGCCCUUUCAACAGACGAUGAAAAACAGUGUGCUAGCUUUUACAGUAUUCGUGCUUUGGAUCGAUUCAAGCUAGAAGCAGAUCCGGAACGGGCACUUGAUUUCUUUGUUGAUGCACGUGCUGCUUUUUCUAAUCUGGAUAGUGUCAUUGCUUACCUUGCUACAAAGGUGUGCUGUCUUGGCUUGUACGUCGUCCGUCAGGGAGAUAUUUCUCAUGCGGGUGAAACAUUUCUGCGAGGUUGUAUAGCAUAUUCCUUUAUUACAACAGCAUCAUUAUCUAGUUCAGCAACCAAAAUUGAAUUAUACAUGCAAGUUGGAAUGUUGAGCUUGACCAGCAAUUCACUUCCACAGAUGGAUGCCAUCUUGAAGUGUUCGAUCGAAGUGCUAGCAAUGGCUCAUGAUCUUAAGCAGUCAGUUUACCGUUCCGUCUGCUCUUCGUUCCUUGCGUUUUUGGUAUUAGUUCCUGAUCCUCCGAACAAAAAUCCUUUAUACAUGUUUAAUGCAUUUCUGAACGCUAUUGCCAGGUAUCCUUGGCAAAACGAGUCGCUGGAGCACGGACGCGUUUUAUUAGAAUGUAUUUGUUACCUCUCAGUAAUGAAUCAGGUGGAAUUACCGUAUCAUGUGGUAUAUGGUGGCGUGCAAUCGAAUGAUACGUUAUAUGGUGGUACUAAAGAAUUCAUGGAAUUGAUACAGGAGAAGUGCGAAGUGGUAAUGGGUCGUUUGGAAGAUAUCUAUAAGCAAGAUAGAGAUAAAUUAUCAUUGUUAGCUAUUGAAAUCUUGGAAGUAAUUCUCAGUUUGGGAGAUAUUGAAGCAUUGGCUACUUUGGUCAUCGAACUUUAUGCUGAUUGUACCGCAAUAUCCGAAUUGCGAAAACGACGAGAAUUGAUUUUGAGGAAAAUUCAACAGUUUGCAAGUAAGAAUACAGAAUUGGAAAGACUGUAUGAACAAUUGUGUAUUUUAGAACAAAAAGAAUUGAAAAUGACAAAAAGAUUUGAAAGGAUUCACUAA